UCAGAACAGACGUGUAGACGUGUUUUCUCGGUCGUGCCUCUCUUCUGGUUGGGUGCGUUUUUCCCCCAUUGAACAGUGUUUUUUUUUCUUCUGUUUCUGCUAAGCGCGUUUUGAGUCGCGUGUCUCGAGCUUCCCGUUCGCCGUUUGUUGUAAAUUCGACCGCGCUCCUCCCUUUUCGCUAGAAGUAGUGAGGGGUGCUUUUUUCGCAUUCGGUACUAACUAGCUAGCAACUUUUCGGAGUGUGGAGUGUACCUUUGAUUUUGAGUGUAGUGCAUUGAUCGUGUUGCGGGAUCAGAUUGUGGAAUGCUUGUUAGAGCUGUCGAGUGUUUGAGACAAGGGAAUUUUGCGUUAGCUUUUCGAUACACUCGCUUGCCACUUGCUAUUUUAUAUUAGAUGCAUCUCGGAAUUGUAUGGUUCUAACUAGAUAUUAAAUGAAGGGGCUGCUUGCAGCAGUAACAAUUUUUCGAGAACUCACGGAACUUUACAAAUGUUGGUUGCUGCUUGGAAGAAAUAGCAACAGUGAUCGCGAAAGUGUGUGAGUUUCGCGCGCGAGUGAAAAUGUGAUGAAAUCUAUCUUGCCAGCGAGUUGGAGUUUGGAGUCGUCACCCACCGGUUGAUGUUGAAGUUGAUUUAGACCCGAGGAGGGAAUCGACAAAAUACAUAGUGAAAAAGCGAAGAAAAAACGAAACUCACCGAAUGUGAAAGGAAGGAGGUGUUCGGUGUGUAAUUCAAUCGCUAUUCGAAGUUCUGCGACGCGAUCGCUGAUCGCUUUGAGUGAUAGGGAAAUAUAUUUAUUUAACUUACAAAUACGAGUGGUUUGUGUUUUUUUUUCAUCUCUACAGUGUGAGAGAGUGUAGAUUCCGAGUGAUUUAAGCGCUCCCGGGCAGAGGCGGGACAGGAGGCGCUCAAAUGUGACUGAAGCGUGUUUUGGGUCCCAACUUUAGUACGUUACUAAUAGGAAAGCGCGGAGUGUCCCGAUAGAAUCAGAAAAGGGGAAACGGGGAAAUAAUUGCCGACAGCGAAAUGUCGACGAUGCCCGUGGUCUGGUGCACGGAUCCGAACUCGUCGGAGAAGAAACAACCGUUUGCUCUGCAAGGAAUCCAGCUGCAGGGCAACAUCACCGAGAAGCAUGUGCUGGCCAUGAAGGAGCUCAUCAAUGCCGCCUCGGAAGGUCGUUUGCUGCUGCCCAGUGAUGGUGCCAUUGUCCUGUUGGAUUGCGGUCUCAGUAUCGGAUCGAUGGUGAUCGAGGGAAAGGCCGGCAAGGAAGCGGCAGAGGCGGCGGCAGGUGGCCGGAGGUUCGGUAAUCAUAAAUCAAUCCUGCCGGCAUUGCCGGAGGCAUCCGAUAGUGAUGUUAGUAAUUGCAUCUCCAAGGAACCGGCGGCGGCAAAAAGCCACGAUAAUACUAAUGGUUCCGAGGCCAGCAGCGGCAAUAGAAUAGACGAUAAAUUGGCAGAUCGUGGCUCGGAGCCCGAGGAAAGUCGAGUCGAUGCGUUCCUAACCGAGCUAAGUCCGGAUGAGUGCAAACCUCCGGAUCUGUACGGCAUUGGUGGCGGCAGUCAGGGUGAGGUUAUGUACGAGUUUCUCUGCUGUGCCAAAUGCAUGAACGAUCCGUCGUCCAGUUGCUCCAAUCCGCCCAGUCAUCGUAGUCGUAGUUUGAACUCACUCAACAACAAAUCGCAGCUUUUGUCCCGAUUCCUUAACGGUCGCGCCAAAGGCCGGCUCUACUGUGAUCCAUUGUACAAUAUCUCAAACCGGUACUUUAAGCGAUUGGCCACUUACAAAAGUAUCAAAUCUCGGUCGGACUCCCGCAGAAAUGUGGUGCGCAAAAGUUCGAUCCGCAGCGAUCGAUCGGCCGGGGGCAAGGUGAUCAAGAAGAGCACCGAAAAUAUCCCGAUCUAUGCCACGGUCAAUAAGAAAAUGAAACUAAAAGCCCGUCUGGAAUCGCUCCGGAGGCAACACUUCGAAGCGGACGCGCUCGCUCUCCAAAUUGCCCUCGAUAGCCAACAAUUGAUCAAGGGCAGAUCCAACUCCACGAUAGACCUUAAUUUCUUCAAUAAUAAUCAAUCAUCGUCUUCAUCAUCUUCGCCCACCGCCCUACCAGUUCCGUCCCAAAGUGGCAAGCCAUACAAUAGUUCCAGCAGAAAAACUAGUUUCGAUUCAACUUGCACCGUCAGCUCCAUGGAUUCGGGCUUCAUCGAUCAGCAACAGCGUCAACAGCUAAAACAGCUUCAGCAACAACUCCAACAGCAGCAUCAAAACAAACCCGGAGAUGCUCCAACUGCCCCAAAUUCCAACCCACCCCCGCUGGACGGAGUGGACAGCUUCAAAACAGCCGAAGAGCCCCAGGCUAAUCCCAGUAACGACAACGACGUUGACCGUCUCAAUGAGCUUUCUAAGCUGCAGAUCAAAGAGUGUCUGGUGACCCAAUCCCGGAACCGCCGAAAGUCCUACGAAGAGUUCAAAUCCCUGUUCCGGCAGCACCAACAACAACAAACCGAAUGCCGCAAUCGACUCUCGGUAGUAGACGAAAAAGACUUCACCACCAAUGCUACAUCAACCAACACUAACUCUAGCGAUAGCAUUAAAACGAGACGAAAAUCUUAUGAAGAGUUUAAAGCUUUAGUCAAAAUUUGUGAUACUAGCAUUAGUAACUUAAAACCGACGUCUGAAGAGGAAGAGCUUGAGGAGGAUCCGCAGCAGCAAACGCAACACACCCUGUCCGGGGUCAGUGGCCUGUUCAAAAUGAAGCGUAAAAACUCCCGGCGCUUGAGCCUUAAAAAACUGAAAAUGAACGAUAAGGUUGACCCUUUACAGCAGCAGACUCCCGAGGCCAAACCUAACCCUUCGGAAAGCGAAAACAAUCACGUCAAAAACAGUACAAUUUACGAUAUCUUGCGCAACAAAAGCAAACCCGAGGAACAUCGCAACUCGACCGCUUCCCUCGGCCGGGAUACCACUGCCCUUCAGAGAGAAGAAAUCUAUCGCAAAAACUACAAAAUCUACGACAAACUUAUCUCGUACGGCAGCAAAGCGUACAAAAAGUACGACAAAUACAUGACCUACGGGACCAUCUACGAAAUCCUGCAUCGAAAAUCCGACGCCGCCGACGAUGUCUUCCUCCGGAAGCGAGCCCUCUCGGAAAAAUUCGGCCGCCGCAAAUCCAGUGUCAACUCGCAGUACAGUUCCCUCAAGUGCGGAACCAUCUACGAUAUCCUUCAGAGCAAACAAGCUGCUAUAGAAUCCAGUGGACCCAGUGACCAAUCCCUCAACAGCAACAGCAGCAGCUCCCAAAAGGAACCGGAUUCCAUCAGCAACUCCAAUACCCUUUCGACGAUCUACGACAUCAUUCACAAGAAGGCCGACUCCCCUAAACAACAAACGAAAAAUCGUUUCCUAGUAAAGAAAAUCACUGAAGAGGAGCUCCAGAACUGCAACGAAAACAAUCGCAACGAGCUUAACACCAAGUUCACCAUUCCGGAAAUCAAACACACUCCUCCUUCCCCGGAAUACACCUCCCCCAAAACCGGCGACGCCUCUAAAAAACCUACCCGAGCCCGCCGUUUCUCCAAUAUCCUAUCCUACAGCCCCCGCUCCACCUCAACCGACCAUAAACUCUCCUGUGAAACCGACAACAAACUAUCCGGAAACCCAACCCGGCUCAAGAAAAUCGCCGCCAGCGACGAGGACCUCUACAAACGUACCAACAGCCCCCUUCGCCAUCAACCCCUAAAUCGACACCCUCGAACCUCCCCUAACCCCCAAGACGACCUCUAUUCCCGCAUCGGAAAACUCCGUAAAUCGGCUACCGAUUCCAGUGCCCUCUGUUCAAAAAUCGAUGAGGAGGUACUCCCGAAAAGUGUGCUCCCCAUCGAUCUUCAUCUCCCGAGACACCAUGAGCGGACGAUCGCCAGGAUGUUAGUUCCCCAACCGGGGGCCAUUUUCAAAUCGAAUUCUUUGGACAUGUUGGCUCCUGCAAAGUUCGCUAAAAAUUAUCGUUGGUGUAAGCAACCCCUCCGGAAGCUUUCUCCGUUAGUGAUGCCCCGGAAGAGUUCUGUUGCCAAUUCCGGGCAGAGUAAAAAGAGUACCCGAAGGCUGUCGGAGUUCACCCGCGGGGAGUUCCUGAACGAGAAAUUAUGGUACUUCCGGAAGAUCAAAAGAAUAGAGGCAGAGAAAAAGCUGCUACUACCAGAGAACGAGCACGGGGCAUUCUUAAUUCGUGAUUCCGAGAGCCGCCACAACGACUACUCCCUAUCAGUACGCGACGGAGACACCGUCAAGCACUACAGAAUCAGACAACUGGACGAGGGUGGCUUCUUCAUCGCCAGGCGAACCACAUUCCGAACCCUGCAGGAACUGGUCGAGCACUACAGCAAUGAUUCCGAUGGGCUGUGCGUCAAUCUCUGCAAACCAUGCGUUCAGAUCGAGAAACCAGUCACCGAUGGUCUUUCACAUCGCACCAGAGAUCAGUGGGAAAUCGAUCGGACGUCGCUCAAAUUCGUUCGCAAACUCGGUUCCGGACAGUUCGGUGACGUGUGGGAAGGCCUCUGGAACAACACCACUCCGGUGGCCAUCAAAACGCUCAAAUCUGGUACAAUGGAUCCGAAAGAUUUCCUUGCCGAGGCACAAAUCAUGAAGAAGUUGCGGCACAACAAACUGAUCCAGCUGUAUGCGGUAUGCACCCUGGAGGAACCGAUCUACAUUAUUACCGAGCUGAUGAAACACGGCUCGUUGCUGGAAUUCUUGCAAGGUAAAGGACGCAAUCUGAAGCUUCCACAGCUGAUCGACAUGGCCGCCCAGAUUGCUGCCGGUAUGGCGUACCUGGAGUCCCAGAACUACAUCCAUCGAGAUUUAGCCGCCCGGAAUGUUCUGGUAGGCGAUAACAACAUAGUCAAGAUUGCCGAUUUCGGCUUGGCACGACUCAUCAAAGAGGACGAGUACGAGGCCCGUGUCGGGGCUCGGUUCCCCAUCAAGUGGACUGCUCCGGAAGCGGCCAACUAUAGCAAAUUUUCAAUCAAGUCCGACGUCUGGAGCUUCGGUAUCCUGUUGACUGAGCUGGUGACCUACGGUAGAAUACCGUAUCCAGGUAUGACCAACGCCGAGGUGCUGACCCAGGUCGAGCACGGCUACCGGAUGCCGCAACCGCCCAACUGCAACGCCGCCCUGUACGAGAUCAUGCUCGAGUGCUGGAACAAGGACCCGAUGCGACGACCAACCUUCGAGACCCUGCAAUGGAAGCUGGAAGACUUCUUCACCAUGGACCCGAGCGAGUACAAGGAGGCGGCACCCUUCUGAUAAAUCGCGGACCCCAAGCGAACCGUCAUCACCGGCGGCAUCAGUAAUGCCGCCAACGCCGCCUCUAACAUCGCUUCUAGUACUACUCCGGCUAGUACGACUAUUAUUACUACAACUACUGCUUCUACUAUCGCCGCCGCUGAUUCUAUUACAGUCGGGACGCUCGAUGGGGCGACCGGCAAGAUACGCCGCAAAAAACCGAAGCCUACACAGCGCCAGGUAUUAUUAUUUAUUUAAGCGUCUCCACCAAACCCAAACCUAUGCUAUGCUGCUAUCUACCUUUCCGGAUGGAAUACGGCAGCGUUCAGAUUUCUUUUCACCCGCGCCUAAACCUGAUCUGAUUGACCGCCACCAACGCCGCCAAUGCAUGAACUCUGGUAUUUCUUUCAAGAAGAAAAUGGCAUACCCACAGUAAGUUUUUGCUAGGAGUUACAAGUACAUUACAGUUACGUUAAACGUAGGUUUACAUUAAUGGAUUUCUGUUGAAACCCGAAAAAACUAGAGAAAAAAAGGAAAAACCAGACUAUACAGUACACGUUCUUUGUAUGCCUUGUUAUUUUUCAAGUUGGCAUACAGCCCUACGUCAAAGACGACGAUGCUCAUGUUACAUACAUUCACAAGCACACUCCCACAGCCAUCGAUCAUUUAAACGGUAUUUUUAAAAAAAUAUCCGGGAAAAGAGACAGACCCCUUCCGGUCCGUUCCACGUUGGUAAUCUAACUAUAAACACAACACUCGUUUUUAAUCAAGAGAAAAUUGCAUCCAUUCCCAUAGGUCUGCUGUGUGCGUGUGCGUUUAGUUAGUCUACCUACUAGCAAUAUGUAAUGAUAACGAAUUCGGAAACAAUCAAUCAAUCAGUUUAAGAUUACCUACGAAAAUUUGACAAACAACGAGACAGUUCUAAUUUCCCAAAAUAUUUAAAAAAAAACUUAUAAUUGGCACAAAGCAAUGGUCACGAGUCAACUAAAGAAGCGGUUGUUUUUUCUUCAGUUACAGCAGGUCAAAUCGAUUGAACGAAAAUGAAACAUCCCAAAUCUAUUAAAAUUGAUCGUUAUUGAAGGGAAAUUGUUGAACUGAAAAAGCCAGAAAGCGGUUUUUGAAUUUUAUAAUUUUGUUUUCUGGAGAAGCACUUUAAUAAUUUUGUGGUAUUAUACUAAUUCAUAAGUAUAAAGUUGCAUGAUCUUCAUUUGAUGUACGAUAGGAAAAUAAACCGUAGGGGAACGAAGCGAAUGGAACGAGCCAAUUAAAACAAAGAAUUGAAGGCUUCUGAUGAUGACUAUUCGUUUGGGUCAGUGAAACUUAUUCUAUUGACGACGAGAGAAAUUUGUUUUAAACAUCACUAAUUGGUUUAAAAUCUUCAACACGGGAGAAAAUCUAAUGCUUAAAUCUUGUAAGAUAGGAAAAUUUGUUUUGAAGCGAUCAGAACACUUUUUGAAGCUUGGUUCCCCAGCAUUUUUUUUGUUGAAAAACAAAUUUUUUAAGAAAAGAUUUUCAAAUUUUUGAUAAGUUAUAGUUCUGUUUGAAAUUCUGCAGAUUCCGUAUCAAAAAUGAGUUCUUUUUGAUACGGAAUCUGCAUUCGACUACAGUCUGAAAUCCUAAUUUUUAUUUUCAUUUUUUUUUAAGUUUUCAUGUUUAUUGUUUUUAUCUUUCCUACAGUUUUAAAUUUUUUAAUUUAUAUUCACUGUUUGGCAUUUAAUUAUAAUCAAAACAAAUGUACAUACAAAACGUCUCGAGAGAUCUUGCUUUUUGAAAAAUUUCUACUAAGUCCCAGCAAAUUCGUGCCAAACAAAAUUAACGAAAGUUUUUGUUUCCAACAAUCAAUUGCGUUAAACUCUAAACCUUUGUUAGAAAAUAAAUGAAAAUCAACUCAGAAAUUCCAAUCUAUCUGCCACAAAACUUCCGAUUGUUUAUGCUCAACAUGCGAAAACCUCUGACACGGAACACUGAAAUCCAGCUGCUGAAUGUUUGUAUUUCGUAUUGUAAUUUUAAACGGCAUUUUUCGGGAGCUUUUUCUUUACAAAUAAAAAAACCCUAUAAAGAAAUGAAACCCACUAUUUUUGUCUUUCUGCUCUCGUAAUGACGAUGACGACAAAGACGCGUGGUGUGCUGAAAAUGAUGACGCUGACGACAAUUGUGUAAAUAGAUAUUUUUACUAUCCAUACUAUUAAGAGUAAACCAACAGACGGUCCCGGAGGAAAGCUUUAUUUUUACGUGACGCAAUCAGUUUUAUACGAUUGAGAAUGAAUUACAGAAAGAAACGAACAUUACUUUUCCGAUAAAGAUUUGAAGGUAAAAGUUUUAGAAUCCCAAAAAAAUUACAAGAAAAUGAGAAGAACGAACAACAAAAUUUUGAAUCUAAAAAUCUAUGAUAGCAUUUUGGCACAGUGAAAAAGUUUCGCUGUUCAAAGGAUAUUCUUGAGGGAAAAGUAACGUAUCUCAAUGCGCAUCUUUACUAUUUUGCUAGAUAGCUUACUUUUUAAUUUUAGUGAAUUAGACUGAUACAAAAAAAAAUCAUUGAAUUCAACAUACUACUUCGUUAGGUCUCAUAUUUCAAUGGAAGAAGCUUGGAGUAAAAUAGACAAAUGGCACUCGUGGCAGUAAUUCAUCACAACACUUAUAUAGAUCACACAUAAUCACACACACCUUACACAACAUAAACAAAAACAGAAAAUAUGUAACCCUGUUCGUGUACAUUGGGAGGGCUAUGAUGCCUCUAAUUUAUUCAUCUCGUCAAAUGCUUGGCACCAUCAUCAGGAAGAAACCUGAAGCAAAAACCGAAUUCGCGCAACAUUCAUGUCUAUUAAUUUAUUUGUUUUAACACCUUGUACGAACUACGGCGACGAUCUUUAAUGCUUGUGAACUUUCUCUGAAGUUUGCGUUUUUCGCAAUUCUAAGUGUGUAUAAAAAACGGUCGAAUUGGGAGACUAGGUGACGACGUUGAUCUAACAAAAAUUACAACAUUUACACCGCAUCGCUAAGAGGAAUCGCUACUUGAAUGUAAGAUGCAGUUACGAUCAUUCUGUAUGCUAAAAGAAAAUAUCCUCUAUUGAAUUAACUUUGAAAAAAAAAAAAAGCAACAAGAAAAGAUUCUAUGUGUUAGAAUAGUCGAUAUUUAAUGAUACAUAAUUCAUGAGUAAAAGAAAACAAUAUUUAUUGUGCGAAUUCAAUUUAAUCAAGAAAACACUUUCAAAAUUGCUCAUAAUGUAAAUUAAAAUAGGAUAUCAGAAGAAAAAUGGUAACAGAAGAAAAACUUAUAUUUGUGAAGAAAAAACAAACUUAAAAACUUCAUCCUAAACUUAUACACAAGAAAAAGAUAGAGAGAGGAAAGAAAACAACACAUUUGAAAAAGUUAGUAAAACAAUGUACAACUGAAAGACAACUAAAAACAAACGAGAAAUCCUCAAAGCAACUCUCUUGCUCUAAGAAGUUUGCUAGAAAAUGUGAAAAAACAACAGCGAGAAAAAAUAAAAACGUUCAACUGAUGAACAAAACCGUUUUGCAAUGACAGACAGUACAAAACAAGCAAACUUAGCUCUCGAACCGGUCCCCAGUUGCAUUGAUAAAAUCUUAAAAAGACAAAAUAAAAACGAAAACCAACAACACAAACAGAAAGCUCUUUUAUAUAUUUUCCCCCUCUUCUUACUGUAAAUGUUGAUAAUAAUCAAGUGAUAAGGAAUGCUGAAAAGAACAACAAACAGUUUAUGUUAGAAACAAGCAAAAAACAACUUCAAACACACUCACCCAGCUCUAUUAUAAAUGGAAAAACAAACUAAACACACAAACAGUAAAAGAUUGCAGAUGACGGCGAUGAAUAUAGAACGUAGGAAAAGAGACAGAACUACAGUUGAAUGGAAGAAAACGAAAAA